AACCCAGUCUACACAAUAAAUAUCAUAACCUCAAUAAAAUGAAGUAGUGUGAUUUUUGCUUUAAUAUAACAAUAUAAACAUAAAAAUGGCUUUAUUUAAUAGAAAAGCCUUAUGCGACACUAUAACCCCUCUAGUACAAAUCAAAAGGUUUCGUGGAAAAAUCAACAUCCAAAGACCCAAACAAGCUCAUUACGAGAAAGCGGUGUUUUUGGAAGCCACAAAACCAUGGUUUGUAAACCCGAACAAAGACAAACCCAUGAGUGAAUUGUGCAAGGGGUCAGGUUCGGCAUGGAAAAAAGAAGACAGAGUAAACCCCUUCCAGCAAAUCAUAGCAGGCGAAUUGAAACGUUGGCUGACUACGUCGCGAUUGGUGGCCUUCUAUCACAUGAACCCCAUGAACGCCGAAACCCAAUUUCAGGCGUAUGUGAUGUUUAAAAAAGAGAAAAUGCAUUAUAAGAACUACGGUAGGAAAACUUUGGAAAUGGCGGUGGAAGGGACAAAGUAUGAGACUCUCUUGGAGUUCUAUGUUUCCCAUAGUAUGACUGUUUUCUCCCCCGAGCCUGAAUUAAAGAAGCUCCUAAAGAUCACUAAGAAGUUUCCACAGUUGGUUUUGUUGGCUGGUAUUUACGAUGGUAAACUUCUAAGUAAAGAUGAAUUUAUGUAUUACAGCUCUAUUCCAAACUUGGAAAGUGCCCAAGCAGGAUUGGUUCAUACUUUGAACAGUGCUGGAAGUUCACUUGUUAGUAAAUUAAAUAGUCAUCAGAAUAGCUUGGUAGGAAAUCUUGAAGCUAGAGCUGAGCAGCUUCAAGGUGAGCAAAAGUAGAUAUGUACAUAUAUUUAAUUAUUAUUUUAAUAAAAAUGUUG